AUGUCCCUGAUCAAAGCCUUUUGGAGUGUGGGAGGAAUCCGACAUCGUCCGAAGAAUAGCGAUAGUGAGGAUGAGUCACGCAGCGACAGUGAAGAUGAUGAAGAAACCGGAAAGGGCACUACCGAUCAGAGUUUCCUUGCGAGAAUCCACGACAAGUUGAGCAGAUGGGGUGCAUUCAAAAAGGACUGGACCGGUAUAACCGAUCCCGAGCAACACAUUCCAGCUCAAGCAGCUUCAACAUCUGGUCGAAAGUCUUCGCCGAGGCACCUCCGUUGA